GCGGCUUUUUUAGAAAGUACAUAAAAUUUAUAUUAUUUUAUUAUGUAAAGGAUAAUUUAACAUACUUUUUAAUACACAAAUACAUUAACUUAUUUUAUAUUUUUAUUUAGAUUUAUGAGAUGAGCGAUAGUCACGAUGAUCGUCCAGGAUCUGAAGAAAAAUCCGAACCAGUUGCUUGGAUCGCUGCAAUUAUUAUAAAUGUGGCACUUGUUAUGUUGUUUAUAGCUGUGGUGAUAUAUUGCUACUGCAGGAACAAAAGCAAAAACGAAUCGAGAAGAAGACAGAAAUUAAAGCAAGAGAAAUUCUUGGAAAACAGGUGGAGACGAGCCAUUGAUUCCCCUUUGAUCCCGCACAAAGACAUUGGUUACAACGUGUUCACGGUGGAACAAAAUUACGACAGCUUGGAGGAAAUUCCAAUCAAAAACAGUAACUUAGUUUCGUGUUCCUGUAUGAAGAAUAAAAGGAGAGAAGAAGAUAUAAAAAGAAAUAAUUGGGUAAUGUCUGGCGAAAGAAUUACUUCCAAACAGAAAGAGUGAAACAACAAAAUAUCUCGUGUGUCAGGCAAACAGAGAUAGAACAGCUGUAAAAUAUAUGGGUCAAGUGACUGUACCUAAAGAGCUUUCCAUCACUUUGAACCAAUUAAGAAGUUACUUAACGAAAGAAGAAUCAUUGAGUGUACUUGUUGACAAAAGG